AAAGGUAGAUAAGAACAUGAUGAAAAAAAUGAAAAGGCUGCGUCGUUGUUAUAGGUGAAGAAGCAAAGAAUCUAGAAAGUAAACACUAAUUUGGGACGUUUAAUAUAUAGUUAUGUAUGUAGCAUAAAAUUCAUAAUUGCACAUUGAGAAAAAUGGUUUGUAAUUGUAUGUUGGGAUUUGUGUGGGCGAUGGUGUUGUUCUCAGUCUCACCGUUGCUAGUAAAAGCCCACGUUUGCUCAGAUGAUUUCCUCAUCAAGGCGGAAAACCUCAACAUCAGCACCAACUGCAACCUCCUCUCCUUAGGAGCCGAAUUCGCUUGGAAAUUCGACAACGGCUCCCGCCAGCUGGAUGUGGCUGUGGGGGCCAGGCUGGAGUCCCCCACGGCGUGGCUCUCCUGGGGCCUCAACCUGGACGGCCCCCACAUGGCCGGCACCCGAGCCUUGAUGGGCGUCAAGCACCAGACCGGCCUAGCUGCUCGCAAAUUUAACAUCACGGACGCCACCAAGCGCCGCUGCCAGCUCCGCCCCUCGGACGACCUCGGCCUCAACAUCACAAACUUCAACUUCAUAUACCUUCAUGAUAUCAUGUACUACAUCAUCCGUGCCACCAUCAUCCUCCCCGACGCCUACAACGCCUCCAGAGCCAACAUUGUCUGGCAGAUUGGUAAGGCCGCCGUCGACGCUGACAAGCCUCGUAUGCACCCUACCUCUCUUGACUACCUCGAUGCCUCCCGGACCAUCAAUCUCAUCACCGGACAGCGACUCAGCCUCGACCCCAACCAACGUACUCGGAUGAGAACGGCUCAUGGGGUGCUAAACAUGGUGGGGUGGGGAAUAUUCCUUCCGACGGGUGCGAUCGUGGUGAGGUACUUGAGAUGUCACCCUAAGAGGGUGACGUGGUGGGGCGCCUUCCACGUAGGAUGCCAGAGUAUGGGUUACCUUCUUGGUUCGAUCGGGUGGGCCAUAGGGCUUUGGCUCGGCCAAGCCUCCCAACACUACACAUUUACAACCCACCGGAUUCUAGCCAUUAUGAUUUUCACUUUCACAACAAUACAAAUGACGGCACUAAGGCUGAAGCCAAAACGCGCGGAUGAGUACCGAACAUACUGGAACAUGUACCAUCAUUUUCUGGGGUACUCGUUGAUUGUUGUGGCGGCGGUGAACAUAUUUCAAGGUAUCAACAUCAUUGAGAGUGGGACCCACCAUCACUGGAGAUGGUCGUAUGUCGGUGCCCUUGGACUCAUGGGGGCAGUGGCUACCUCACUUGAGCUUUAUACUUGGCUUAAAUUCCGCAAGGCUAUUAAAAAGUUAAAGAGUCUUAAAAAAACUCAAUCUAGUGCUACUGCACCAGCCCCACUCUUGAAUUAGCAUGUUGUGGCGAAUGAUUAGUUACUGUAUGUUCACAGUUCACUCUGGAUUGAUAUGCGUUGGAGUGUACUCCCAUGCUCCCACCGUCUCAACUAAGUUUAGGCAUUUCUUUUAGAUAUGAAGAUUAGUUCGGACCUUUAAAAAAGAAAUACUACUGCUUAACUUUGUUAUGAGUA